UCUAAAAUCUUUGUGUUCUCUUCGGAAAAUUCUCUCAUCUCACCGAAAAAUACCCAGAACAACCAAUCAUGGCGGAACGCGGUGGUGCAGGAGAAAGAGGUGGAUUUGGUAGGGGGUUUGGUGGCCGUGGAGAUAGAGGUCGUGGAGAUAGAGGAAGAGGAGAUCGUCGCGGUGGAAGAAGAGGUGGACGUCGUGAGGAAGAAGAGAAAUGGGUACCAGUAACCAAGCUAGGUCGUCUUGUGAAGGAAGGUCAGAUUCGAAGUCUUGAACAGAUCUAUCUUCAUUCAUUAGCAGUCAAGGAGUAUCAGAUCGUUGAUCAACUAUUAGGGCCUGUUUUGAAAGAUGAAGUCAUGAAAAUCAUGCCUGUUCAGAAACAGACUAGGGCUGGACAAAGGACUAGAUUCAAAGCAUUUGUUGUUGUUGGUGAUGGUAAUGGUCAUGUUGGUUUGGGUGUGAAAUGUAGUAAAGAAGUUGCUACUGCUAUUCGUGGUGGUAUUAUUCUUGCUAAGUUAUCUGUUGUCCCUGUUAGAAGAGGUUAUUGGGGUAAUAAGAUUGGUAAACCACAUACUGUUCCUUGUAAGGUUACUGGUAAAUGUGGUUCUGUUACUGUCCGUAUGGUUCCUGCUCCUCGUGGUGCUGGUAUUGUUGCUGCUAGGGUUCCUAAAAAGGUUUUGCAGUUUGCUGGUAUUGAUGAUGUUUUCACUUCUUCUCGUGGAUCUACAAAAACCCUUGGAAACUUUGUUAAGGCUACUUUCGACUGUCUCCAAAAGACUUACGGGUUUUUGACUCCUGAUUUCUGGAAGGAGACUCGCUUCACAAAAUCUCCAUUCCAGGAGUACACUGAUCUCUUGGCGAAGCCUACAAAAGCCCUCAUCCUUGAUGACGUGGAAAGGAUGGAUGCAUAAUUGGGAUGAGAUAGCGAUAGGAUUUUAAGUAUUAAAGCUGAUGAGACAUCUGCUUCUUGUUUUUGUUUUGUUUUUCUAGUGUGAAACUUCAAGCACAGAAGAAAGUGUAGUUGCAGUUAUUGACAUUUGUCUUCUGUAGUUAAGUUCCAUAAAGGUACUGUUUUCUUGAAUCGAGAAUUUGCUUAGCUUUAAUAUUCCCUGCGACUACUACCUUA